AAGAAGACAGUAGGGGGCAGUAGAGGGCUGUAAUAUCGCUGUAGCGCUGUGGAAGAAGACGCAGCAGUUGUGGAGGUGAAGCGGUGAUUUUGGCGCAGUUUGCGGAAUAAAAACCCAUGAAAGCGGAAUAAAAAGUGCUCCAGUCGGAUUAUUCUGUCAAUAAAGCGUCACCACAGCCCGGAAACAGCCGGAACAAGCGCUUUAGAGGUGCGCUCACCUGGUCGCCGUGACAGCAGAGCUGCUAUGCCAUUUCCUUUCGGUAAAUCUCACAAGUGUCCGGCGGACAUUGUGAAGAAUCUGAAGGAGAGCAUGAUGGUUCUGGAGAAACACGACAUUUCAGACAAAAAGGCUGAGAAGGCCAAUGAGGAGGUGUCGAAGUCUCUGGUGGCGAUGAAGGAGAUCCUGUACGGCUCCAGUGAGAAGGAGCCUCAGACGGAGGCCGUCGCUCAGCUCGCGCAGGAGCUGUACAACACCGGCCUGCUCACCACACUCAUCACACACCUGCAGCUCAUCGACUUCGAGGGGAAGAAAGAUGUCGCUCAAAUUUUCAAUAACAUCCUGAGACGGCAGAUCGGAACAAGAACACCGACAGUGGAAUAUCUGUGCACUCAACAGAACAUCCUGUUCAUGCUGCUCAAAGGGUAUGAGUCUCCGGAAAUCGCGCUGAACUGUGGGAUCAUGCUGAGAGAGUGUAUCCGUCACGAGCCGCUCGCCAAAAUCACGCUGUGGUCCGAACAUUUCUACGACUUUUUCAGAUACGUGGAGAUGUCCACCUUCGACAUCGCCUCAGAUGCUUUCGCCACCUUCAAGGAUUUAUUAACGAGGCACAAACUGCUGAGUGCAGAGUUUCUGGAGCAGCAUUACGACAGGUUCUUCACCGAAUACGAGAAGCUUCUGCAUUCAGAGAACUACGUGACCAAGAGACAGUCGCUGAAGCUGCUGGGCGAGCUCCUGCUGGACCGACACAACUUUACCAUAAUGACCAAAUACAUCAGCAAACCAGAAAACCUCAAACUGAUGAUGAACCUGCUGAGAGACAAAAGCCGAAACAUCCAGUUCGAAGCUUUUCACGUCUUCAAGGUGUUUGUGGCCAAUCCGAAUAAAACUCAGCCCAUCCUGGAUAUCCUGCUGAAGAAUCAGACCAAACUAAUCGAGUUCCUGAGCAAGUUCCAGAACGAUCGCACCGAGGACGAGCAGUUUAACGAUGAAAAGACCUACUUAAUCAAACAGAUCCGCGAGCUGCGCCGGCCCGGCACACAGGACGCCUGAACACACACACACACACACAUCUGCACGAUGUUCAUCAACAACAUCUGCACGACAUUUACAGGAACCUGUCAGACACGGCGUGUGUGUAGGAUCACGAGCGCUUCGUACACCGAGUGUUCUGCAAGUUUAACGUGUCAGUGUUUUAUACGCAUGUGCUGAACGGAGGAGGAUGAAGAUGACGGUUACGACGACGAUGAUGAUGAUGAUGAUUGACUACUUUUUGUUUUAUUCUAAAUUAGUGAACAGUGAUGAGAUGCUGCUGCUUCUAUUGCACAUAAACAUGUAACACACACACACACACUUGUGUGCUGGUAGAGGAUUGUGUGCGUGAGUGUGUGUGUGAGAGAAUUCUGGGUAAAAUGUGACUGAACCUCUUUCACACUGUAAAACCGGGACGCUGGGCCUCGUUCUCCAAUAUCCUCCUAAGUUUGUUCUUAAGUGUGUUUUUGAGAAAGGUUCUAAGAAAAAGUCUAUGUCGGAUUCAUGUCGUGUUCUUAAAGCGCAGAACUGUUCUCUCCUUUGUGCUCUUGAGUGUGUGUAGAUUCUGUUCUUACCUAAGAACAAAUAAGAGAACACUGGUGAGUCAGAGUCUUCGUCAAAACUGCGUAAGUGGGUUUAAGAAGGAAUUUCUUCUUAAGAACAGUUGGUGAACGAGGCUCAUUAUCGGGACUCUUUUAAGCCGGUAACAUUCGGGCCUUACGUUGUUCACACGCUAUUAAAAUCCACUUAAACAGGAAGUCACGUUCUCAGCUUAAGCGGCAAACAGUUCAUUUCUGAAUCGUGUACAAGAAUAACUUCAUCCCGGGACUGUUCUCUCUCUCUCUCUCUCUCUCUCUCUCUCUCUCUCUUGCGCUCUCUCACCUCCGUCUGUAACAUCAUUAAACUGUAAGACACGCUGCAGUUUAUAAACUGUAAAUAUAAACUAAAAAAAGCUACAAAAAUAAUCCCUGAAGCGUUCAGCUUUGCUGGCUGUGAUCUGUAUGUUACUGUAUUUUCGGUAACGUAGCAGCUUUUGUCAACUCUGUAACGGUUUAAAUUACUGCUUGAGCUUUACAGCUUGCGUUCAGGCUGAACCCCUUCCUGUUAAAUUCCUGUUAAUUUCCUGUUCCUGUCCAAUUCCGGUGCAUGUGUGAAAGAGGCUUCUGUUUGUUUACGUUAGUUACGUUUGUUUGUUUUUGCCUUGUACUGUAGAUAUUCUGAUGGUGUUUCAUGUACAGAUAUGAUCUAAAGGUUAUUAGUUACUAAAAUGCUUCUGAAAAACGUUUAAUUUGUUUUAAAGACAGAAAUCCUGCUGAGUGAA